AACUCCUCGCCCCGGGAGCGCGCUAGCUCCAAAGCAGCAGGGCUGUGGGUCCCGUCUGCAGCGAGGCAGGCGGCGGGGAGCUGCGCAGCGCUGGGGGCUCCUUGUUGGGGGAUGGGCGGAAUAUUGAAUCAUGUUUGUUCCAAGGUCUCUUAAAGUCAAGAGGAAUGCUGAUGGUGACCUAAGCUGUACAGCAAAAAUAAAAAAGUUGUCUUCUGGAGAACCCUCAUUAGUGGAGGCCACAGACUUAAGAGAUGUUAAGCCAACUAUAAAAGAUGCUUCUGCUUCAGGAUGUAAUUUAUAUAAAGCAGUACAAGAAUGCACAGAGCUACGAACUUUUCCAGAUUCAGACUUCCCCUUUGCUGAUGAAUCUUUGGGAAGGGACAACCAAAAUGUUGAUGAAGACAGUUCCUCUGUGGAUGAACCCAUUAAAUCUUUCAGCAAAUCCCAGCGCUGGGCAGAACCUGGAGAACCUAUAUGUGUUGUUUGUGGUCGUUACGGUGAAUAUAUUUGUGAUAAAACAGAUGAAGAUGUUUGUAGUUUGGAAUGUAAAGCCAAACAUCUUUUACAAGCCCAAGAAAAAGAAGGGUUAAACUCUGACAAUCUUGUGAAAGUAGAAUCAAAACCAGAAACUCUUUUGCCUGUCACCCUUUAUACCUAUAAAGAACAUUCCUUUAUUUUAAGCCUGCAAGAUGACCAGAUCAAGAACCUUAAAUUGCAGUUAGGUAUUGUUGUCCAGGGCGAAGGAGUUACAAGACCUAUUAUAGAGUUUGAACACUGUGGUUUUCCUGAAACUUUAAACUAUAAUUUAAAGAAUUCAGGCUAUGAAGUUCCAACCCCUAUCCAGAUGCAGAUGAUUCCUGUUGGACUUUUGGGAAGGGAUAUUGUGGCCAGUGCAGACACAGGCUCAGGAAAAACUGCAGCCUUCCUGCUUCCAGUUAUUAUUAAAGCCUUGGAAGAGACUAAAACUCCAUCUGCACUUAUUCUGACACCAACAAGAGAGUUAGCAAUUCAGAUAGAGAGACAAGCUAAAGAGCUGAUGAUUGGUCUGCCAAACAUGAGAACAGUUCUUCUUGUAGGAGGUUUACCACUGCCACCCCAACUUCAUCGGCUGAAACAAACUGUUAAGGUUAUAAUAGCAACACCUGGAAGACUCCUAGAUAUCUUAAAACAAAGCUCUGUUCAGCUCCAUGGUAUUAAAAUUGUAGUCGUGGAUGAAGCUGAUACCAUGUUAAAGAUGGGCUUCCAGCAACAAGUGCUGGAUAUUUUGGAAAACACCUCCAGUGAUCGUCAGACCAUAUUGGUUUCAGCCACAAUACCAGUUGGCAUUGAGCAGCUGGCAAAUCAACUUCUGCAGAAUCCUGUGAGAAUAACCAUUGGAGAAAAGAAUCUGCCAUGUUCCAAUGUUCGCCAGAUUAUCUUGUGGGUAGAAGAACCAUCUAAAAAGAAAAAACUAUUUGAAAUAUUAAAUGAUAAGAAACUCUUCAAACCUCCAGUGUUGGUAUUUGUGGACUGCAAGCUAGGAGCAGAUCUUCUGAGUGAUGCUGUUCAUAAAAUCACAGGAUUACAAUGCAUAUCCAUGCAUUCUGAUAAAUCACAAACUGAAAGAACAAAUAUAUUGCAGGGAUUAUUUCAGGAAAAAUAUGAAGUCGUAGUAAGCACUGGAGUCCUUGGGCGAGGACUUGACCUUGUCAGUGUCAAACUGGUAGUAAAUUUUGAUAUGCCCUCAAGCAUGGACGAAUAUGUACAUCAGGUUGGAAGAGCAGGAAGGCUGGGUCACAGUGGAACUGCAAUUACUUUUAUCAAUAACAACAGCAAGAAGCUUUUUUGGGAUGUUGUAAAGAGAGUAAAACCAACAGGCACAAUUCUUCCUCCACAGUUGCUAAACUCCCCUUAUCUUCAUGACCAAAAGAGAAAGGAACAACAGAAAGUUAAACAAUCUCAGAAUAGUCUUGUAACAGGUGAUAAUCUUAUGGACAUUAUUAGAAAACAUGACAAAAGUAAUACUCAGAAGUAAUUAAUGGUAUUAUAUGUAUAAAUAUAAUGAAAGCACUGUAUUUCUGUAGUAAUUAAAUGUGAAUUUAUAUCAUUGAUAUAAGAUUUGUCAAAGUUAUUUUUGAGAAUGUGUAAUCUUUUUUCUGGUGAAAUCCUGAGUCUAAUUUUCAUCUCCAUCCCUAAAUAGUGCCUGAUCUAAAAGGACAUUCCAAAUCUAGAAAUCACACUUCACUCUAAAAGUACAGUAACAUCUACAAGCAUUUUUUCAGUUUUACUUUGUAUGGGUGACAUCUUCUAUGUAGUUAUUUUCACUGUUCCCAUUAAAUAUAUAGUCUUCUUUCCUUCUUGUUUCUGUGGGGCUUUUGCACCGCAGUGGAAGAGAGAGGAAUAUUUUUAAAACAGGAAAAUUUGAUUAUAAAACUAAAAAAAAUGGCAUGGACAUGUUUACUAUCUGCAAAUAUUUUUAACUCUUGUUAAAUGAACUAUGUUUUAAGUUAAGAAUCUCCCUUUAACCCUCAAAUCAAUAUAAUUAUCCUCAAUACUGAGCACCCACACAGUUUUUUCAUUUAUGGGUCACAAUUAAUUAUUAAAAAUGAUUGCUUCCUGCCAUCUCAUGUCUGAAACCAGUAAAAAAAAAUCCUGCUCCAGUACUCUAUAACAUCAACAAGAUUUUUUUCCCUGCUGUCAUUUGGGAUAGCAAGGACUGUGGUUUCUUCAACCUCAUAGUAGAGGAAUGAGGAAAAUUAGAUCUAAUAAUUAAAACAUUAAAUUGUGAUCUCAUUCUGUUAAUGGGAACAUGACUGGGCUGCUAGGGUGGAAUGUUACACCAUAAAAAAAAAAAUAGGGCUGUUAAUUUACUGUAGUUAACUGACAAGAUAAACUCAAAAAAAUUAAUCGCAAUUAAUCAGUUUGAAUUGCACUGUUAAACAAUAA